AUGGCAGCGCUGAGACAGGAGCAUCGGUAUGGGCUCUCCUGUGGCAAAAUCAACAAAAACACCCCGAAUCAAACUCUCUACCACGUCAAACUCACUGACACUGCCAUCCGGACCCUGGAAGCCUACCAGAACCUGAAGGCAUCACUAUCAAAUCAGCCGGCGAUUUGCUUCAAGGGGAGCCAGGGGUACAUAAAGAUCCCAGCACCGACCCCUGAGUCCCCUGAUGGAUUGAGAGUCUUCUCAUUCUACCUGUCCAGUGACAGCAAAGACAAGCCUCAGUCCAGCUUCGACUGCAUUCAUCAGUACGUCUCAGGGGAGGGCAGGGAUCACCUGGAGGGCCAGGGCAGCAUUCAGGACAAGAUUACAGUUUGUGCCACAGACGACUCCUACCAGACAACCCGGGAGCGCAUGUCUCAGGUGGAGAAGGACAUCUGGAGCCGCUCAGCAAUUGAGAUCAAGCCGGGGCCAAGUAAGUGCGUGAAGGUCCAGAGGAAGCAGGGUCUGGUAUCAGGCUCAGAUAGCAGCAACAAGCACUCUCCCAGCAACAAGAGGAGCCUGGUUCCCAGCCCUGUGGCACACCGGCCCUUGAGGGAUCGCAUCAUUCAUCUCCUGGCCUUAAAGCCCUACAGGAAACCUGAGCUGCUACUGUGGUUGGAGAGGGAGCGGGCCAGCCCAAAGGACAAGGCUGAUCUGACCUCAGUACUGGAUGAGGUUGGUAAACUGAACCCUAAAGACCACAGCUACUGUCUGAAGGAUGAGUUCUACAGACACGUCCAGAGAGACUGGCCUGGAUAUCUAGAGGAGGAGAAGCAGCUCAUCCAUAGGCUCCUGAUCAAGAAACUUCAGCCACUCCACGGUAGCCAGUUGAAGAGUCCCCAGUCCAACCAUUCAUUCCACAAAACUCCCGGGGACUCUCCUUCACAACUCAGUCCUGCCAAGAAUCUCUCUGUGAAACGCCUACUGCCCUCAGACCCAUCCAACUGUCAGACCCCCAAAAAACAAAGACUAUUAGACCAGUGUUUGCCUCUGCAGUCGCCCUCUCAUGGAGAGUGUGGCACCAAUGGGCCUCGUAGCUCCUCCAGUCAUGGAAACUCAAGUGUACAGGUCAAAUUGGAGUUUGACAAAACCAACAAUCAUCUCCAGGGGAGCCCAAAUCGUCUAUACUCGCCGCACAAACUCAGUGCGUCUUCCACCAUUCCCAAACUGGAGAGGACGGAGCCAGCCCCUACUGCACCCAGCUCUAAGCGCCCACACACUGACACGUCCAUUUGCACUGACCAACAGAUCACCAAUGGCCAACAUAAAAAGAAGAGGUCCAAAAAGCACAAAGACAAGGAACGAGAGCGCUUAAAACCAGAAUGGAUUGAGACCAGUCCAGACUUGAAGCAAAACCAAGAAAAUGGCCAUAAAAAUGAGCAUGAGGGAGAGAAAACACCUGUCAAUCGAACCUCAGCAGAGGAACUUCCUGACUAUUUAAUAAAAUACAGCACCAUAACAGCACUGGAGCAGCGUCAACAGUACAAGGAUGACUUCUGUGCCGAGUACGAUGAAUACAGAGCUCUUCAUGACCGUAUUGGGGCUAUUACAGAGAUGUUUGUUCAGUUGGGCUCAAAGAUCAACACUCUCUCCCCGGGAACACAAGAGUACAAGCUAAUGGAGGAGCAAAUACUACAAAAGUACCGAAAGUAUAAGAAAAAGUUUCCUGGGUAUCGGGAAGAGAAGAAGCGAUGCGAGUACCUUCAUCAGAAACUGUCACAUAUCAAAGGCCUGAUCACAGAUUAUGACCGAGCACAAGAAUUUUCCUAGUAACUGGCGUCUACCCUCAGCAGGGUGUAAUAUGACUGGACCAAAAGACUCCUAAUUGACCCAAAGACUGCCCAGCUGGGUCCUGGAGUUGCUGAGACACUAUUCACUUUACUCCUGCGAGUGUCAAUGGAAUCGAGGAGUGGGCUGAGACCACCAACUCGUGAUCAAUUGCCCUUUAACGUUAUGGUUUUCAAUGAUGAUUAUCGCUGUAAUGGCUGGAUUUCGUUCUGCUGUAAAAUGGUCAGAUGACGCAGGGAAAGCCAAAUCCAAUUUUUUUCUGAAAUGCAAAACAGAUGUGAUCGUUCCUUAAUUGCAUUUUUAUUCUAUCCUUUUAUCUUGUCAGAACUAAAAAGUGUUGAUUAUAAAAAAAAUAUUAAAUUGAUAGUACAAUCAAUCUUAGGGGAAAACAGAUGCUACUAAAGCCUUUAUAUUUAACAUACAGAGGAAUUUGUUUAUCUGCUGUUUGCUGAUAGAAAGUCAAAUGUUGACAUAACACAUUCAAUCACAUGAAUUGUUCAUUAGUUACAGUAAUAAGACCCCAUAAUGACAUUAUUAUAUGGUCUUACCAUGAACAGUGCAUCUCUUCAGACUACAUGCAAACUCAAUUUAUCAUCCAUAUAAAACUUCUAUUUCUACAGGACCAAAACCUAUCUCAAUGUAUCACACAAAGUUUAAAACCUAAUAACCUACACAAUAAUGUGGUUAGGACUAGUUUCUUCGGGCUUUGAUCCUAAGAAGUAGCUUUCUGCCAACGUCUGGUUUCAUUUCUGAGAAAUGUUGGAAUGACACAACACCAUUCUUCCCAGUACCGUAAUGCUUGUUUCAAGAUAGUACUUGUGCACAGUUAGUGUCAAUUUCACCCACAUGUAGCCUACCAUGAACUGCCUUUUCAUUAUCAACUCGCAAGACUUCUGGUUACAGGUUUGUUUACUGAUACAGUACUCACAGUAAGUAUGCUUUAUUUACGCUGUAGAUGAAUGAUGACAAGUUGCUCUGUGAAACAUCACUCUACAUGCAGUUUUAAAAGCUUACAGGGUAUUUAUCUUGAUAAUCAAGCUUGUCCAAAGAUUUUGAUUUACUUUGAUUUUCCUUUGGUUGAAGUCUUGAUGAGGGAUUUGAUAUGGAUGUGACAGAAAUGCCUUCAACAAAUUGGACUGUGGGAUUUUUAGCCCCGUGUCUGAAGCACGGGGAGGAUGGCACUGUGGGUCAGCCACUCAGUUCAAACAACUUCGGUUCAGUUGGGUGUAAAGAACAGGCUGACCUCUGAGGCUGCUAACCGGGCUUUUAGACUCAUUUUAAACUUUCUGGAAUUAUUUGUACCAAGGCAGGUACAAAUAAUAUAUCUGAAAAGCCACUACUUGUAUUAUUAUUUCACCUUAAUUAGCUGUGGCCUGAAGUAGGAAAUAGUGAUCAGAUUACAGUGUUCGCUGGCCAUUUGCAUCAAUGUAGCUGUACUCACAACUGUUGUCUUAAUGAUGGCUUAAAAUGGGAGAAUGAAGCUAAUAUUUGCCUUAACAUGUAUGUUCAGACAUUUCCAAGAUUACGGUAUCCUUGUUCUGAAUUGUUCUUGGGUUUAGCCUGCAUAGUUCAGAGCGAUAUCAGACUAUUGCUGUAUGUCUUUGAGUUUGAAGGAAAGUUCAGUUACUGGAUAGUUGUUGUGCAACAGUUGUCUAAUUUAAGUAUUUGUUUUUUUCCCCAUGUGCGUCUUAAUCAUUUUCUGUUUUAGCUUCAUUUGUUGUCUCAUAAUCAGAUAAUCAUGAACUGUAAAGGAAUUUAAUUCACUGUCCAGUCCUAUCAAGCACCACUAUCAGAUGAAUCAUUGCAGAAAUCUAUAUACAAAAUAAUGUGCUUUGCUUUCACUGUGUUCUCGAUGCAAAUACUCAGUGGGCUGAUUGUCACUCAGUUAGCAGCUCUUUUGCAUAAGUUAAAUGUUUUUUGUUUUUUUUUACCUUUGGUAUUCUGGGAUGUUUGAAGGAUUAGCAACAGUUAUUCUGUCUUGGCACAUAUGAAAGUUUCCUAUAAAAUGAUAUUUAUUUAGCACUGACUAUUGGAAAAAGGAGAAUUGUAAGCUCAGAUGGUCUUAAUUAAUCAUGAGCAUUAAGUAUCAUCAGAGCUAAAGAAAUGCUGGUUCUUAAAGCUCCGAUACACCUACAGAAAUUUUCUCAUUAUUCUGGCUGUUUGGGUCUAUUCUCAGGACCAGUCCUUACACUCUUUUAUGAUUCUUUAUGACGAGCUUAGCAAAUGUACUACAUAGCUCCAACCAACUUGAGAAAAUGUCUGAUCAGUCAAAAUAACUGAAAACAACUGUGUGUUUAUUUCUGGUACUGGAUCUGGAAAUCAAUGAGGCAUAGUUAAAUUGUAUGUAAACAAAACAAAAAAAAAAGACCACAAGGCCUGCUUACAUAUAGAAAAUAAUACAUUUUUGUUUCACAGAAUCUUUUCUUCAUAAAAAGGUACUGAAACAUUUUUAAUGGAGAUUUAAUGAUGGAAACGCCUCCAUAACACCAUUUAGACUGUGAGAUCUUACAAGUAAUAACAAGUUACAGAACUAAUUAAAUUUAAGGGCUUACCAUUUGCCACUAAAGUAGUAUAGGUCAAUUGUACAAUAAAUAAAUAAUCAGAAAAAUUGCAUUAUGGGUGAUACAAAUAUCAGUCCAAUCAUAGUAUGAAUGAACAUAAUUGUAUCAUUCAUGUGAACGUGUUGUUUUUCGGAAACCGUGGUUAAAAAAAAGGGCUUCUCAAGUGCUAACUGUGAUGUUUUUUUUUUAUUUACUGUUGCAGGAGCUAACUACUGAAGGUGCCUUUUUUAUUCAAAGAGCAGAUUUACUCUGCAUGUAACUAUCAUUGGUAUUCUGGAAGAAAAGAAAAAAAACUAGAACCAGCAGUAUUUACACAUCUGUAGUUUCACACUGUUGCCACUUUUCAAAGUGCUUUGAUCAUAAUUUUUAGAUUGAGUUGUAAAAUGUAUUAAGUGUAUUGGCACUGACAUGAGAUCAUAUUUAAGUAGAUUUUUUUCCCUCAGACAUGAAAAUAUGACAUUUUAAAAAUGCAAUGUUUUUUCCAGGAAAUGGUUUUCCAGGACAGAUAUUAAACUGUCUCUAAUGUUUGCAAUUGCAUACAAGUAUAUAUGAAAGAACAGCCUGGAUUUGGUUAUAAUUUCCAUUUCUAGGCCAGCAAACAGGUGUGUUUAAUUGAUUUGUUGGUACUGGAAAAACAGCGCCCCGAUGGAAAUGUGAAAUCAAACAUUUUGCAUUAUAAAAUCACUGCAAUUGAUCUACCUAGGAGAACAAAUUUCUUUAUUUAAAGCUUUGUAUGUGUUUUUCCUUUUAUGAGAUUCAUCUUUGCAUAGCUAGUACGUUUUUUUUCACUGCUAAACUUAAAAGUAUGGUGAAAGGGAAAUUGAAUAUAUUUUUGCAAUUUUUAAAUGGUGGAUGCUUUGUCACAAUGCCAUCCUCUUGAGAAAAGCUUUCAGAAAAAAAGUGUAUUGUUGUCUCAGUAUAAUUGAAAAAUAAAGCUCUUUUCAAUUCAA